GAUACUGAUAACACUUUCUUGGAUCUGCAGCACUGCACUUCUCCACAAAACCUGUUUCCACACAACUUCCCAAGAUCAUCACUCUUCCCACAUUCAAUAUUCAACAAAUUAUUCUGUAUACAAGGAUGCGUUCUCCAAGCUCACUCAAGCAAGAAUUUCUGAAGAAAUGGAUGAUGGGUCUUCACAUAUACGGCUCUUUAAAGAAGAAAAUGAGUCUCUUGGAGAGAAAGAAAGCUAUUAAGUUAUCCGCAGACAUAGCCAUGGCAUCUGCUAGGAACGGCACCACCUGCUGGAGUCGAGCUCUCGUUGCCAAUGCAUCUAAAGACGAGCAAGACAAAAUCCUAGUCCAGCAUAUUUUGGGUACGGAGUCCGAGAGAUUAAUGAAAAAGGUCUCGGUCUUGCCAUUGAUGAGCAACAAGAGGAUUAGGAGCAAGAAGGUAUUGAGAAGAAGCUACGGAUCGAUCAGAAGGGCAAAAAAGAGUAAUAUUGCUGCUUCACCUCCCAACAAAGUUCUUGCAAUUUCUAUUGCGAAAAGGUUGGUUAGGAAAAGAACCCUGCUGUUGAAGAGUCUGGUACCCGGCGGUGAAUUCAUGGAUGAAAUCGCUUUGAUUGAAGAAACUCUAGAUUAUAUUCUAUCUCUUCGUGCUCAGGUGGAUGUAAUGCGCAGUCUUGCCAAUGCUAGUGAGCUAAACAACAAGAAUUAAGAGCAUCUGUAUGGUAAAUCGCUGUUUAGCUAUAUAUAUUUUAUAUAAUAUCUUUCUAUUAUUAUUAUUAUUAUUUUUUCUCCUUCUCUUAGAAGUCUAAAGGCAGGACGCUGCAAUAGUUGCGGCAUGUACAGAUCAACUAUAUGCAAGUCAAUGGAGGAUUUAAAUUUCACC